CAAGUUUUUAUUUUUAGUACUCUAUACACCUAGCAUAGGGCUCAAACUCAUGACCCUGAGAUCAAGAGUCUCAUGCUCUUCUGACUGAGCCAGCCAGGGGCUCCUGGUCUACUUUCCUUUUAGAUCUGUCAUCCUUGGGAGCCCUUCCAAGGCACAUCUCCCCCUUUUCUUUGAAGCUGUUCUCUGGUUCUGUCCCACAGGCAGAAGCCACCCUUGCUUCUGGGGAAGACAGGGGACGUGGGGGAAUUAGCACAGCUGUUUCAAAAGCCAUUCUUGAAUGAAUUACCCUAACAGUUGCCCCUCAGCUUCUCCUGCCCUUUAUCUUUGUUGACUCCACUUGGAGUUUCUUCAAAGCUCCCUUGGCAAGAACCAUAUUUAAUGCACCUUUGGUAACUUGUACUACAUUUUCCUCCCCUCUGGUUUCUUUGUGAAUGCAAAUCUGUUUCUGUCUUCCUGGAAUUCCUCCAAAUUCUUUGUCCACUGAUGGCAUCCUUUCUUGUCUUCCCAUAUUAUCGUUUCAUCCUUUUUAAAAAUUUGAAUAUACUUAGUUUAUUCCUGAAAGCUCUUAAUGAAGGAGAGGGUAAAUGUAUGUUGUACUUCAUGCCCAGUGACCUAUUAAGUAUAUUAACAUAUCACUUCCUAUUAUAUAUAUUUUUAAUUAUUUGUUUCAAUUCCCACUUGAAAAUUGAGUGGUAUGAAUAGAGAUUUUAAAGCCACUUACAAUUUCAGUUCAAAUGGUGAAAGAUCAUUCUUUUCCUACAUGUACCUUUAACUAUUCAAGCAAGGCCAUGGAAAUUUAUAUGUGCAAAUUGUUUUCCCCUAUUUGAAGCCAAUGAAAUGUAUACAAACUAGCUAUACAAUUGCAUUUCAAUAGAAUCUAGAACAGGGGUCUGCAAACCUUUUCUGUAAAGAGCCAGGCAGGAAAUACCUUAGGCCUUGUGGGCCAUAUGUCAGUGUCACAACUAUUCCACUCUACCGUCGUGGUGUGGAAGCAGCCAUAGACAGGACAUGAACUUUACUAAUUGGACACCGAAAUUUGAAUUCAUACGGUCUUCCCAUGUCAUGAACUAUUAUUAUUUUUUUUCAAACAUUAAAAAAAUGAAAGACCACAGGCAGCACAAAACCAGGGUGCCAGCUAGAUUUGGCUCAUGGACUGUAGUUUGUGGACUCCUGGUCACAAGGGAAAAUGUCUGUACUGUCAGCAGAUUUUUCCUUUUAGCUUUCACGUUUCCAUUCAUAACUGUAAAAAAUGCACUAUUUGGGGGGCAAGAUGUAGUAACACAGACUUCAUGUCUUAGUGGGGAGCAGUUCCACCACAUUCUGUUAGUUUUUCUACCUUUUCACGUUUCACUUUGAGCUAGAAAAAGCCCAGUUUGUGGAAAUGGUUGGUCAGCCAGCUUCACAGUUGAGCACCAAUUAAAAUGGUCAACCUAAGCUCUUACUGUGGAGAGAUUUCUUCUUCCGUGGUGAGGUUUUCUAGAUGAAUCUGGCAUGGCUGAAGGUGUGGCGGAGCCCGGAAAACGUUUUGGCGUUCUUGUAUAGCCUGUUGCCUCGAGAGGAAAGGUCGUUCGGAUUGUCCCACUGUGUCUAGGUGCUGGUAUUUUUAGACGCGUUCGGUUGAGAGUCCCGACCUUCACUUGUGUCUCUAGCACUGCCGUGCAGGCUGUUACACUGCUUUGUACACCGUGUGCCAUGCCAGCGCGUGUGCCGUGGUGGCAGUGACGUUGGCAGAUGGAGCAGGUGGAAUUCGACCUCUGUUUAUUCCCGUGUGUGCCCUGGCAAGGCAACAUUGCAGUUGUCCUGGCUGUCCGUGCUGUCGGAGAUGCUGAUGAGCAAGAGUCCAAGGUGCGAGGAACUUUCUCCGGAGCCAGACCUCUCAGUAAUUGUGCAAUCUUAAAAAAAACUGUGUCCUCAUGUCGUAACCUCAGUAUCUGUUUUUGUGAAAUGGUGAAUACAGUACCUCCUUUGCCAGAUUGUUGGAAAGAGUAAUGAAAACACACGGAAGCAGUAUGGCGUAUGCCAGGCUUUCAAAAGUGAACAGCCUUCCCUUUAAACCCGGAAAGUGAGCUUCACUACGUAGAAUAGCUAACCUUUAACUGACCAGUUAGGAUGUAUAUCUGGUUUAACUCAGUCCUCAUAGUAACACAGUGAAGUACAUUAGAGUGAUCCCCAGAUGAAGAAACUGAGGCGCAAAAUGGUGGCUAACUUGGUCAGGGUCCUAUUAGUAAAAGGAGAAACUGGGAUUUGAAGCGAGGCAGCCUAACUUGAGUCCCCGCGUUCACGACUGUUUUUGCCUCUGCUAAACGAUAGCCUGGCCUUACUGAGAAAAGUUGAAGCUUUGGCCACAGGGGUUUCACGUAAGAACAUACCUGAUUGCCAAGUGCUCCAGGCAUGCCUGUCACAUUCAGUCAGGAGUGCUCAACAACAGAAAUUUGAAGACUGGACGUUGGCUAGAAUACUUAACCCUCACCGGAAAGUCGUCUCUUCCUAAAUUGGCACUUAGAAUCCAGCCGCUAGGAUCCAGGAUUUAAUGUACUACACGUCCACACUCCUACACAAAACUUGAAGGCGGUUAUGUGUGUUUACCAGGUCGACCUGCCGACCACCACAGAGAGAGGGUCCCAACUACAGUCUCACAAAACUCUAGAAAGAUAGUUACAUUUCAUAGUGACUCAGGACAAAUCACUUAAGCUUAUGAACUUUAGUGUCCUCAUCUAUGAAAGAGCCAAGGAGUUUUUGAGAGGGUAACAGAUCACAAGUAAAAGUGCUCAGUAUACCAUAAAACGCACUACCAGUGUAAGGCAGUUCUUCGUCAGUGUUUGACAGAAUUCCUUGGGGCUUUACUGUCUCUUGGCAUCUUUUCUAGUGUAUGUAUGUAUGUAUGUAUGUGUGUGUGUAUUUGGUUAGUUACCCCAAGAAGCCUAGUGAAAAUUAGCUACUGAACAAGGGAAGUAAAUUUUCUGAGGUUUCAACACAUGGCCAGCAGAUGGCAGCAUAGGAUUGCUGUUUCCAUGAUGGCUUCCUGUGACGUUGGUCGUUUACAGUUUGUGUAUACUCUGCUCUUUGAGGUUUCCUUGGGCCCAGGGUUGGUGAGCUCCAGCAGCUUCCCAGUGUGCUCCAUGGGACACGGCACGAGCAGGCUCUAUAGUGCUCUCGCCAAGACACUGAACAGCAGCACUGCCUCCCAGCACCCGGAGUAUUUGGUGUCACCGGAUCCAGAACAUCUGGAGCCCAUUGAUCCUAAAGAACUCCUUGAGGAAUGCAGGGCUGUCCUGCACACUCGACCCCCCCGAUUCCAGAGGGAUUUUGUGGACCUGAGGACGGAUCACCCCAGCAGCCACCCACCUAUUAGGGUCAUGCAGUGGAACAUCCUUGCCCAAGCUCUUGGAGAAGGAAAAGACAACUUUGUGCAAUGCCCUGUGGAAGCACUCAAGUGGGAAGAAAGGAAAUGUCUCAUCCUAGAAGAAAUCCUGGCCUACCAGCCUGAUAUAUUGUGCCUCCAAGAGGUGGACCAUUAUUUUGACACCUUCCAACCACUCCUCAGUAGACUGGGCUAUCAAGGCACAUUUUUCCCCAAGCCCUGGUCACCUUGUCUAGAUGUGGAACACAACAACGGACCAGAUGGCUGUGCCUUGUUUUUUCUCCAGAACCGAUUCAAGCUAGUCAAUAGUGCCAAUAUCAGGCUGACGGCCAUGACACUGAAAACCAAUCAGGUGGCCAUUGCACAGACCCUAGAGUGCAAGGAGUCCAGUAGACAGUUCUGUAUCGCUGUCACCCACUUAAAAGCACGCACUGGCUGGGAACGAUUUCGCUCAGCUCAGGGUUGUGACCUUCUCCAGAACCUCCAAAACAUCACUCAAGGAGCCAAGAUUCCCCUUAUCAUCUGUGGGGACUUCAACGCAGAGCCAACAGAGGAGGUCUACAAACACUUUGCUUCCUCCAGCCUCAACCUGAACAGUGCCUACAAGCUGCUGAGUGCUGACGGGCAGUCAGAGCCCCCGUAUACUACCUGGAAGAUCCGGACCUCAGGGGAGUGCCGGCACACGCUGGAUUAUAUCUGGUAUUCUAAACACGCUCUGAGUGUGAGGUCAGCUCUUGAUUUGCUCACCGAAGAACAGAUUGGACCCAACCGGCUACCGUCUUUUAAUUAUCCUUCAGACCAUCUGUCUCUAGUGUGUGACUUCAGCUUUAAUGAGGAACCUGAUGGACUUUUAUAAAUGCUCGUCUGUGUCUUUUUCAUCACAAGAAGUCUUAACCAGGGAUGUUUCAGGAAACUGAAAUAGGAUAAAAAGUUGCCUGAGGAAGGAUUCCCAAUUUCUUUUACAUCAUUUUCCGUGUUUCCAGCAUGCCCUUGGGAACCCAGGAAUCCCAUUAGUCCACAAACCUUUUCCAUUAAAACCUACAGCGAAAAAGGUGUUUGCACUCCAGUUUUGGCUUGUAUUGUUUUCUUUCCCUUAGCAUUACAUUUUGAUCAUUUAAGGGUAUUUCAAUUAGGCUUGUUUUGUAGCUUUUUUCAGUUUAAGGAUGCUAUAUAAAAACAGACUUGCUUGAGUCCUCCGUAGAUAAUAAUAAGUAUACAGGAGCAAUUUCUCUAGAUAGCAUUUCAAGUUAUUUAUUUGUGGGUUUUUAGAAUGCCAACAAGAUAUGCAUGGCAAUAUUUAUUUUUUUAUAUCUUCAUGUAAGAUGAAGUAAAUAAGAACAUUAUGAACAUUUUAAACCCUUGCAAACCAUAAGUUAUAGAGUAAUUUAUAGUGAUUUUCUUAAAUCUCUGAGAUAUUUUUACUUCAGGUCUAACAGUAGCCGUGUACGAAGGGACUAUUUAGCCUGAAGGCAUUUUUUUGUUAUUUAAGUGACAAUAUCAGGUUUCCUUGAUGCAUUCUUCAUCAGUAAUGCUUGCUAUGCCUCCAUGUUCCCAUAAUUGUGUUUCUUAAAGAGAUUCCAUGGCCAGUCAGUCUUCACUAUUUAAUCACUGUUUUGCAUUUAUCGUUUUCCAUUGGAAUGCUAUGGUAUAUACAUUUGAAGUCACCCAGUGUCUAUUUGUAUUGGACUGUGCUUUUCACAAUUAGGAACUGUUAUGUUGGCAGUAGCUAAGAAAGUAAGUGGGACCUGCUUUUCAGAGACGGGAAAGUAGAAAGCCUAUUAACGAAGCUGUCAUUGAAAUUUCCUAAGAUAGCCAGGUGACUAGUUCAAAACGUCUAGAAAGAAGAGUAUAAAAAGUCUGAAAGAUAACCUGGAAUUCUCUUCCAUAGGAAAUAAAAGUGGUAAAGAUAACAGGCGAAGCCCCCUCCAAACAAAAUCCCAACAAGUAACCUAUUGGUAAUAAACUGGUAAAUAUUUUAACCCAUGAGUUGUAAAUAUUUAAGAAUAAUAAAUGGUCUUUUAAAGCUA